AUGUCUCAGCGCCCGUCAACGCCAGGAAGCUCAGCUCGUCAAUCUCCGAUUGCCACCAAGAAAGAAAAGCACGAUCUGCCCCCCUCUUAUAACACCAUACCUAACAGCCUAUCAAUAGGCGACUUCUCUCCCCACCACAGUGGACAUGGUACGUUGAGAAGGGAGAAACCACCCCCUCCCCAAAGGACGUCCAGCAAUCCUCAGGGAGAUCAGAGGUCGUUCAACACACUUCCCAAAAGCUCGGCGACGUCUCCCAGAAAAUCUCCGAAGCCGGACCUGACUCCAGAAUUUGAAUGCAUGGAACAAUGUGAUUUAGUGUCCGUGCAGUUAUGACAGUUCGAUCCGAAAUUCGUGAUUGUGGCAGACGAUGACGUCAUGGUUGUACAUAAAUUUUAGCUAUAACUGUAUCAAUCUACAAUAUGUGGAGAUUGAAGUAUGCUCACUCUAUCACCUAAAAUGGAUUAAUUAUUACGCGAUCCCUAUAGAUACAGGGCGUUUCAGAAAGGUCCGCAGUAUUUAUUUUUUGAGCGGGUCAAGUUAGCGAACUGAAAUUCGGAAUGAUGAACGUGACUUAGACGAGAAAUUCGAGAUGUCAACUGGGCACCGUCAUGUAAAAUUUUUGUAAACGAUAAGGGGGUCUUGUGAUACCUACCUUGUUAAAGAAUGGAGGCCUGACAGGCUGUAAAAGUUGAGUAUCUCUGUAUAUUGAAUCGCUUAUAACCCGACAACUUAUGUGGAAUGAAAUAUGUGAUAUUUAAUUUAAAAAAAAAUGGCAGAUCUUGACAGUUUUUUGAAAUGUUUCAUUUUUGAUUAUAAUAUCCUGAUAGACCCUAUCAAAAUAAGAAAACUAAUAAUAAUAAUAAUUUCAAUAAUAAUAUGUAUUCACUCAUUGUACAAAAAACAACAUGAGUAAAUAAAUAUAAAAUAAAAAAAGGUCCGAUAGGGGGCAUUGCCUGUGCAUGGACCACCAAUUUCAAGCUGUAACUUAUAACAUAUUAUAGAAAAAGGAUUAUGCAUUUACUUGAUGUUCGUAUUUAUGAGUUUAUGAAUGUCGGUCCUAGAUAUAUGUAGCCAUUUUUCCAAAUUUCUUUUGAAAUAAUUUCCGAAAUGUCAAUCUUUUAAAUCUUUAGGUAUAAUUUCAUACAAUUUUGGCGCUAAAUAGAGAUAUGACCCCUGCAUUAUAGAUUUAUGUGGCUGAGAAACUACCGUGCCACGAAUUUUGUACCUUGUAUAAUGAUUAUUUUUAGUUUUUCGAUCGGUGCAGACAAAUUUAUGGUAGUGAGCGAAAAUGUGUAAGAAUUAAAGCUUUCUUAUGUCAUACAUUUGCACAUAUACGUAUAAUUCAUUAGUGGAAAGUUUCAGUUUCAACAUCAUUUUAGAAUACUUUUUCUGAAAAAUGUCUAAAUUAUAGAUACUUACGCGAUGAACAUGCAGCUCCCCAUGGUAAUAUACCAAAUACGAGAUGAGGCUUAAUCAGUGUAUGGCAUAAUGUACGAAUAUACCUUUCUAUAACAUACUGUGACCAAUAGCACCAUCUGUUGGGCGAGUCUCCUACUCGCCAGAGCUUAAUUGCCGAUCUCUGCUUUUACACGACCGCACAAGCCGCCUGGCGGCGUCUGUGAGGACCGUGACAGUGGAACGCCUUCUAGAUCGACGCGAAGUGAUCUCCAACAUUCUAGAUGUCGCUUUGUGAUCUUUCUCGAAGCGGUAAUUGGGACUAUAUAUAACUCAGCAGCCGGGAGAUGGGGGAUAGUACUGCAU